CAGGAUUUCCAUCCUGACAAACUUUAUUUGUGCAGAAACCAUCAAUUGAUCUGUCCCCAUCAUGGCAGCUCACAUCGAGAAUCGAGGGCCGCAGCUCAUGGCGGUGAAUAUCACCUUCUUCGCCAUGGCACUGAUCACAUGCCUAUUGAGAUGUUAUGUUCGGUUGUUCAUGGUCAAUGGGUUCAGAAAGGACGACUGGCUGAUGGUUGUCGCCAUGGUAUGUUGAGCCUCAAGGGGUAACAAGUUUCCAGCAAUUGACCCCUACUUUUUCUUUAGGUAUUCUUCACUUGUUAUGCGACCUCAUCGACUGUUGGUGUCACUUUCGGCACGGGAAGACACCACGACGACCUCGAAACCAAUCAAAUCCACACUGCGAUGAUGUGCUGGUGGUUCUGCUACCUCGGAUACGCCCUCACCAUGAUAUCCUGCAAACUCUCCAUCGGCUAUUUCCUGCUCAGAGUGACCACCGAAAAGAUCCAACGAUGGACCAUCUACCUCGCCAUGUUUUCGACUGCCCUUUCGUGCGGCAUCUUCUUUUUCGUCACCCUAUUCCAGUGUCAUCCUAUAUCAUACUUCUGGAACAAGGACCAAGAUGGCACAUGCAUUGAUCCCGGUGUCGUCAUUGGAUUGGCGGCUCUCUACAGUGUUUUUGCUGUUGGUUCUGACCUUGUUUUUGCGCUGCUUCCUGGGUGGAUUGUAUGGAAUCUGCAGUUACACAAGCGAACGAAAUACUCACUGAUCCCUCUGCUAGCUAUGGGUUGCAUUGCUAGCGCAGCCGUCAUUGCUCGAUUCCCGUACUUGCAUCUCCUUGGAAAGCCCGAUUUCCUCUGGAAUACCACUGACAUUGCCAUCUGGUCAACAAUCGAGCAAGGAUUGGCCAUCACAGCAAGCAGCUUGGCGACCUUGCGGCCUCUGAUCAAACAAAUAGCCUUCCGCCUGAACCUGACGAGCAAGCCUCUAUCACUCGGUCCAUCUGGCUACGGAUCAUCACCGCGCACUCCUGGGCCUGGGACACCAAGAGCUUUCUCAAGUCGAGAGGCGUACACACUCUCCUCAGUGAGUCGUCAGGAUGGCCCUGAAAAGAAAGGGUCGGGGUUUGAUUCGAGACAACCAAGUGAUCUCAAGCUUGGCAUUAAAAAGGAGACCAAGUGGGAAGUCAAGAUAACGAAAACAGCCAUGAGUGAGAGCGAGGAGGAGUUGCACUCGCCAAGAGCAUGGAGGAAUAAUAACAUCAUUUAAAAAUACCCAAGGUAAACAUAGUGCGUAUUAAAUAGCACAGCCAUACUUAAUCUCUUAUAUAUUAACUCUUAUCAAUUAAUCAGCAGAUCGUUUGUAGAUCUGCCCUUGGGCACUCUGUG